AUGGCGCAGGUGAUAGAACAAGUCAUGGUGAUGGGUGCCGGGGGUCUCUUCGGCACCGAAGUUCUCUCCGCACUUCAAAAAGAAGGUUCUUUCAACCUUUCAAUUCUUUCCCGCAAAUCCUCAAAGUCAACCUUCCCAUCGCAUUUCAAGGUUCACACGGUAGAUGAUGACUACCCAAUUGAUCAGCUCGUCAACGCCUUCAAAGGUCAAGAUGCGCUCGUCUCGACGCUCCCUGGGAGACCCUAUACAGUCCAUCUGCGCAUGAUCGACGCUGCAAUCCAGGCAGGCGUCAAGCGUUUUAUUCCAACUGAAUACGGCAACAAUACCUGUGCAGCAGCAGCCGAACUCGUCGUACUAUACGCUGAAAAAGCGAAGGUCAUCGCUUACCUCAAGACCAAAGAGAGCACAGGAUUAACGUGGACGGCUAUUCAUACUGGGCAAUUUUUCGAUUGGGGGCUGGAAAGCGGAUGGCUUGACUACUAUCUAAAGGAGAAACGCGUUACCAUCUACGACUCGGGUGACAAGCCGUGGUCGACCUCGACCUUAGGGACUGCGAGUGCGGCCGUGGCCAAGGUGCUACUGAAGCCAGAAGAGACGAUCAACAGGCCAAUUUAUGUGGCUUCAUUCACUGUGUCGCAGCGACAGGUUCUUGAGGCACUUGAGAAAGCAACCGAUACCACGUGGGAGGUGCAGAGAAUGUCCUCAGAGGAUGCACUGAAGAAGGCAGCCGAGCUUGAUACUAAGGACUAUUCUGAUGGUCUGAAGCUACUUGUUCUGAUGCUACUAUAUGCGGAUGAUGCAGACAGGGGAGCAGAUUUCAAGAAGGACGGUUUGUUGUGCAAUGAGUUACUUGGAUUGCCGGAGGAGGAUUUGACCGAGGUUGUCAACCGAGUUGUUAAGCAGCAGACCCUUGAUUGA